AUGACAACUGUUAUCACUAGAAAGUAUAGGAUUAGCCGUAGACUUGGUGUAAAUUUAUGGGGUAGAGCUAAAGACCCAGUAAACAAAAGGAAAUACCCUCCAGGUCAACAUGGUAUUCUUGGAUUCAAGAAGUUAUCCGACUUUGGUAAGCAGUUUGCUGCGCAUAAGAAAUUUAAGUUUUACUAUGCGAUUUCAAGUAAGCAGCUCAGACGUACAUUUUUAGAUGCUUAUAACAGAAUGGGUUAUACGGCUGAUAAUUUUAUCGGUAUUUUAGAAUCAAGGCUCAGUUCUGUUUUAUACCACUCUAGUCUUGUGCCAACAAUUUAUGCAGCGAAGCAGCUCAUAUCUCAUAAGCACGUUACAGUUAAUGAUAAGGUGGUUAACAUAUCGAGUUAUCGAGUGAAACCAGAUGAUAUAAUAAAAAUAAGAGAAAGGGCAGCAAAAAUCCCUGUAGUAGUAGAGGCUGAACAAAAACAAGAGCGCAAGGCUCCGGAUUAUUUAGAGACAGAUAGUAAAGAGCAUUCAGUGAAGUAUUUGAGGUCACCUCAAUAUUCUGAGGUUCCUUAUUCAGCAGACAUGGAAGUCAAUUUAGUAGUAGAGUUUUACUCUAGAUAG